ACCAUGGUUGCAACAAGCACACUGAAGAACAAAAACUCUGAAUGCGUCUCGGAGUUGAUUGACCGAAAAUAUGACCAACAAUGUAUUGAAGAUGAGCUGGAUUUCUGGGACCACUGCUUGGCCGAACCUCACCCGGGCACAGAGGUGUACGAGGACCGUGCCUGCUUGCAGUUGGCCAAGCUCCUGGAGGGCUGCUUGGCACGUGCUAAGAAAAGCACCCUCCACUGUGCGGAGGUGCUGGUGCCAGAGAGGCUGACCCGACGGGUGGCGCGCGACGUAUUGCGGCUGGCGUCGGGCGAACCGUGCGGGCUCCGCGGCUGCCUCCUGGAUGUGCGUCUUGAACUGGAGGAAUCCCAGAGGAGUUGCAAGCGUCUGGAGCGACUGGCCUGUGACGCCAGCGUGGUGCCCACCUUCGAGCUGACUCUGGUCUUUAAGCAGGACUGUAGUGCUUGGCCAAGCCUGAGGGACUUCUUCCACAUAGGUGCCUGUUUCACUCCGGGGGGGUUCCGUCACGCGCUCAAACUCAGCCCAGGCUUCAGGCUGAUCAAGAGGAAACUCUACUCGUCCGCGGCUGGUACCGUGGUGGAGGAGUAUUGA